UCCUCUCCUGUGUGUGGUCACACUGGAAUACUGGUGAUCUAUACAAAUGACUCAUUUAAUGGAUUUUGUAUUGAACGCCGGCAAACAAGCAGCUCAGUGCCAAAAUUAAAAGAACUUUAGCUUAGAAGAACAAAGGAUCUUUUCAAUAUUAUUUCAGCUUAUGCCCAAGAGAAAAGCACAGGACGCUCCUGGGGAAACUAUGGCCGCUUCAGCACAGGAUGCACAGAAUGAUUUCACCAUUGGACUAGCUGAUCCAGUUAAGGACUACCAGAGGCUGAUCGAGACGCGAGUCCAGGUAGACGAAAUAGUCGACGAUGAUGUCACCAAGAAGAAUUUCCGCCGCACGGCUGCAGCUGCUCGGGAGGCCGUUUGGCAGCUGCUCUUCGACGAUGCAACGUCUGCGGAUGAAUCACGUCAGAAGAAGGCGGCAGAUCUUUUGGAGCAGUACCGCAGCGAUGCUUGCUUCUACGACCCCUGGCCCUACAACGAGUGGAUUGUGAAGCUGCGGGAUGAGAUUCUCAAGAGGGAGCUGCUGGGAUUUUGGCGUGAGUCGAUUGUCAAGAACCAGCUGGGACCAUGCUGGUCUCGUGACUGCGAUCUUUUUGACGGCGACGAUGAGCCACCGCUGGAGUUCUACGCUCACGCCGGGUGCUCAGCCCCGUUCGCGGCUAGCCUGAAAGUGCGUGCGGCCUUACAGCACCAAGCUUCACUAGAGCCCGCUUCUCAGGAGCCUUCCACCCCCGGGGAGCUCACUCCUGACCAAACAGCAGCUCUAACCGGCCAGUUCGAGGCAGUUCUGACCAAAGAAAACCCUCUCGAGGAAUACCGAACGUUAAUGAAACGGUUCGUGCUGGUCAACAUAAUUGUCCCCGACGAUGUGCACAAGGCCAGUGUGGAUAAAAUGGGUGCGGCCGCCAGGGACAUCAUCUGGAAGCUACUAUUCGACGGCACACCGUCUAAGGAGGAUCAGGAGAAGGCGGCGGAGCUGCUAGAAGAGUAUAAGGGGGAUGCCGGGUUCUACAGCCCGUGGGGCUUUAAUGAAUGGAUUGUGACGCUCCGGGAUGAAGUUCUCAAGCGAGAGCUGUUGGAUUUCUGGCGAGAGAAGAUGGUCAAGCUGGAGUUGGGCCCGAGCUGCUCCCGCGAUUCGGAUUACUUUGAUCUUGACGACCCCCUGCCGCUGGCCUUUUACGAAAAGGCUGGCUGCACGGCGCCCUUCGAUGCAGUUUCCGAAGAUUAAGAUUUGGUUCCGGCUAGUUUUUGGUUUCCUGGAAAUGUUAAUUCGUUUUCGGAAUCGUCAUUGGUUUGUUGCUCGUUUUUUAAGUAUUUCUUCUCAAUUUUAUGCGAAUAUUUUGAAUUUAUCACCGCACAAGCCGUUAUUUAAAACCCUUUUGUAUUUCGAAUUAUAGUCUUAGAAAAAUUAUGUCAUUUAAUGAUCAGAAUAAAAAGAUUUAAGAGUGGAAAGUAUUCUCUAAA